AGCAAAUAUAGGUGAUGUUAUCUGCGAAUGACUGAAAUGGCUGCUGUUGUGAAUAAUAUCCUAACCCAGGAUAAAAGAAAGGAAGGUACUACCGCGGCUCUUUCUGUCGAAGCAACUCUUUUUGGCUGUGGCCUGAACACUUCACCUGAAUUACUUUUGUCAUCCAACAAGAGGAGGUGUAUGUACCCUAACAUUCAAUCUAAUGGUGAUCUUGUUCUCUAUGAGGGAAAUCAGCCAGGAUGCAAUCUUAAUAUCAAUAACUUUGUAUCGGAGAUAAAGAUUACUGUCAAUGAUUACAUUUCACAGCUGUAUUUGGUCAGGGGAUCACCAAACUACAAAGUUUUAAAGGACAAGAUCAGAGAAUACUGUUUGUCAAUGAAACCAACAGGGAUGAAGGACGACGCCAGUUGCAGUGUUCUUAACCUCAUUUACAAAGCUCUGCCUGAAUUAAAGAUAUCCGUUGAGGCUGACUCAAUAAUACGGAAGAUGAUUGGAAAGCACAUCAGAAACGCCAAAUACCGAGCCAAAUGCAAGCGUAAAAUGACAGAACUCGAGAAAGGAUCAAAAAUUUCACACCAGAACGACUCCCAAGACAAAGUAAAUUACCUUCCGGAAGUUUUACACGACCUCAACUUGCCGGUUAUGCUACAAUCAGAAGCAUACCAGAUAAUAGACCCGUUUGGAAACGAAAUAUUACAGACAUCUGUCCUAGACAGCCAGGAUAUGCGGUCUAACUCAGCAAACGCAAUUAAAUCACCAACCCCAUCACCCGGUCAUGAUUACUCUAGAAAGGUGUCUUACGGAGGACAUUGCUCCUUAGCUCAUCUCAACAACAAUGAUGUCAACAAUAAAAACAUCGACAAACAAUCUGUUUUCAGCGACAUUCUUACCCCUCAAAUUACUGCUUCCAGCUCACUUCAUGUAUCGGAUGGUGUGGUGACCACUGAUUGGGUAACUUAUAGAUUUGAUAAUACUGAAAAUUCUACUGUUAACUCUCCUGGAAUGAACCAUGUGGUCCGAAUAAAAGAGGAAGCAACGCCCUCUCAAAAUAAAGACAACUUCUUUAAGGAAAAUUUACCUAAAGCGAUGACUCGAGAUGAUCCGCCUCCAAACCCCGAACUGAAAAACCUAGAAUCAUGAUCAAUGCGAUUCGGCGCGAGGAACAGAGUCCCAAAGAAGCUCUUCCUCCACCGCCGUCCAGUUUGAAUACACUACCCGAACUGAACGAAGUCUGCAAUCACAAACUCAAAUUCAUAAAGGGGUUAACUUAUGCUUGUUUCGUCUGCAAUGAUUACUUUGAGAGAGUUCCAGCGGUUACACUUGCUUGCCUGCAUUGUAGCAAAGUUUUUUUCUCAUCGACAUUUACUUUUACAGCACAAUAAUGAAGCUCAGUGCUCACGCUUUUGAGAGUGCAACAGGUUUAUCAUGCUUAUAUUAUAUGAACUACCUUUUUUACUGUUAGUGUUAAUGAUAAUUUGCAUUUAUCAGAACAGCUUAAUAAUGAAAGAUUAAUUUUAUAAAAAUGUCUUGCCCUUGUUCAUUUAGGGAUUUAGUCAUUAUUUACCGAGGAUUGAUUUUUUUAAAAUACUAUAGUAAAUUCUUGAUCAUGAUCUAUUUUUGC